AUUGUGGGAUCGCGAGAAGCGUGCCGGGUCUACAUGGCUGAAAAAUCGAAGAUCGCUUUGUAAAAUAGGAAAUUUGGACAUUUAGGAUAUACAUUCUGUUGUCUGUGGCCUCGGAUCAAUUUUCAUAGGUCUCAAGUUGACUGACAUUACAUUCUAGGAUGGACAAUCCAGUCCCAGAGGAGGGAACAUCUGCGGUAGAGGAGGAACAGGUCAUUUCUAUGGAGGCACCACCUACAGAUCAAGUUCAAACUGAGAUAGUGAUGACUGACCCGGUAGCCGAAUCGACCUUGGAAGAUCAGCCAAAUGUGGUGAUAUAUGCCUCUGAGGACCUGACGACUGCAGAUGCCGAUGGCCUAGCUCAGUACAGCGAGGUGGAAGCUGUCAGUAGCACUAUGCCAGCUGUAAUCAUGGCUGAACCUAUGGCCCAGCAGGAAAAUACUACAACGCAAGUGGUGCAUGUUGCAGCUGGUGAGUCAGUCGACAGUGCAAGCUAUGUGAUAGCAGAUCAGCCUGCCCAACCGGGCCAGUGUGAAGGAGGUCUCUCCAUGGACGCUGUGUCGUAUCACAUGGAGUCUCUGCCGAUGCCUGUUGUUCCAGACAUGGUUGAGGAAUCAGUGGAGGAGAUGGUGGAAGAGGCUGAGGUUGUAGAGGGAGACAACUCUGAGGAAGCUGCAGAAGAAGCUGACAUUUCUCAUAUGCAGGUUCUUCAUGUAACAGCAGAUGGACUACAGGUGAUGCAGAGUAAUGGUGCUGUGGAAGCAGCUGUCCAGCAGGCAAAUGAAGAAAUAUUGGCCGCUGAACAAAGAGAAGAUGAAGUAGAGGAGGAGAUGAUGACUGCUGACUCUGCAGACAUUGCACCAGUGGAGUCCUAUACUACGCUACAGGAACCAGUAAUAGAGGCUGUCAUCCAACCUGAGACGUAUGUCCCUCUUGGAGAGGAAACUGUAGAGGAGGCAACACCAGCUGUCCCUCUUGGAGAGGAAACUGUAGAGGAGGCAACACCAGCUGUUCCACAACAGGAUAUAUUGGAAACUGUAGACACUGUCCCAGAUACAACAGAAAUUGUCACACCUGAACAAGAGGAACAAAAUGUAGAACAAGCACCAGAAGUGUUGGAGGAAGAAACUAAUGUUGAAGAAGUUGAUGAGGAAGAUGAGCUUAUAGAGGAAGAAGAUGUGAAGAUAAUUCAGUUGAACACAGAGAAUACAUUGGAAGAGGAAGGCGAUGACAAUGAACCACAGGAGCUGGAAAAUGAAGAAGCGAUGAAUGAAGAAGAAGAAAUGAUAGAGGAGAUGGAAACUCCCACUGCAUCAGUGAUUGAUCCAAGUACAGGUGCUACAAUAGAAACCCUGAAAUGUGAUGAUGGGGGAACUGUGGCUGUUACUUACAAUGUAGAGGAUGAUGACGACGACGAUGAGGGUGAGGUUGAGCCUCUACCUCCUCCUGACGAUGAUGAAGAGGAAGAUGAUGAAGAACCAGAGGAAAUACAAGAGGUAGAAGAGGAGGAGGAAAAAGAGGAGGAGGAAAAAGAGGAAGAGAUUGUAGAAGAAGAGGAGAAGGAAGAGGAAGAAGAAAUGGAAGAAGAGAAACUUCCAGCAAAAAGAAGGGGACGACCAUCCAGAGUAGCAGAGGAAGCUGCAGCUAGUGCUGUAAAGUCACGGAGGAAGUCUGCCACUGCUGAAGACACACCUGAGGCGAAAUCAAAUAACAAGAAAGAUAAUGCAGAAGUUGAGACACCUGAAGUUAAGCGCGGAAGAGGUAGACCGGCAAAGGAAACACCAUCUUCAGAAACACCAGAAACUAAAAGGGGAAGAGGUAGGCCUGCAAAAACAAUCAAGCAGGAAGCACCUGAAGAGGAAACUCCAGAGCCUCCAAAGAGUGGCCGUAGAGGUAGGGGACGUCCUCCUAAAGAGGCCAAAACGGAGGAAAGUACAGAGGUUAAAACUCCAGGCAGGAGAGGAAGGCCAAAAAAGAAAGAAGUAGAAGUGGAAAUAGAGGAUGAAGAUGAGGAGAUGGAGGAAGAAGAAGAUGUGGAAGAACCAACUCCUACUCCAAAAGGUAGAAAAGGUAAAUCUCAAGAAGUUGCAACACCAUCUUCAAGUAGUGAGCCAAAGAAAAGAGGAAGACCUCGAAAAGAAGAGGAAGACAUUCCUACACCAAAGAGUAGGGGAAGAGGUAGGCCAAAAAAGGAACAGGUUAUCGAGAUAGAAGAUGAGGGUGAUGAUGAGGAAGAGGAAAUGGAAGAAGAGGAAGAGGAGGUUGUUGAAGUUAAGAGGAAACGAGGACGACCUUCAAAAUCUAGUACACCUUCUAAAGCUGAAACUCCAUCAGCUGGGAAAGGGAAAGAAACUAUCACUAGAGGUAAACUUGCAGAGGAAGAAGAUUCUGACAAAUCUCGACGGAGGUCAGGCAAAGCAAAACAACUUGAGGAAGAGACUGAAGAAGAGGUAUUGAAGUCCCCAGUAAAGAAAGGGAAAGGGAAAAAGAAAGAAGAGGAAGAGAAAACAAGGAGGACACCUGCUGCAACAGCAACUGUCACACCUGCCACUAAGAAACGAGGAAGGGGUACAGAAGAGGACGGUCGGGAAGAAGAGGCUGUUGCUGAAGAAGAGACACCAGCGAAAAAACGUUUGAAAAACACGGAAAGUGUUCAGACCAUGUCCGAUGCAUCGACCGAGGCAGGCAAAGUAACUCUACAUAGAGUAAAGCAGGAACCUAUGGAUGAUGUAAAACAUCAAAUUAAACCGAUUAAGACAGUGAUAGUGAGGGAAGAUCAGGGAGACAUCUAUAGUAUUGACCAGAUUGAUGAGGAUGAACCUAUGGAUUCUUCACUUGCAGGGCCUAGUGUACCUACUGCACCUUUUAUUGAGGUUGAGACCAUUGAGGAGUCACCUGGAAAGAGGUCAGUUUUGACUCAGACUGAUCCAAAACUAAAGAAAAAGAAAUUUGGACCACUUGGAAUGGAAAUGGAUAUGAAUGGAGAGGAGAAGUCUCCAAGAAAAAGGAAGAAGAAGGAAGAUGAUGUUGGAAUGUUCGAAGACCUGGAACCAAAGAGGAGGUCUGUGAGAAACACUGAGGAGGCGCUGAAUUGUCCCUUCUGUGAUAAGGCUUUUAUUGGCCUUGUGAAACACAUCAAGGGAAAGCACAGGGAUGAGACGGACUAUGAAGAGGAAAUGAGAAAUGCCAAGUGGAGGGAGAAAAUAAUGAAAGUUUCUACACAGGGUGCUGAAGAAGAUGGUGAGCAGUGUCAAGAAUGCGGCAAAACCACUAAGAAUAUUAAACGUCACCAAGAACUUCACCAACAGAAUCGCAUGCAGAUCCCCUGCCCUAUCUGUGGCAAGGUGGUUCUCAAGACCGGUAUGAGCUCCCACAUGCGUACUGUGCACUCCGGUCGCCGCCCAUAUAAGUGCCCACACUGUGAUUACUCAUCUGCAUUCCGUGGAAAUCUGAAUACCCACAUUAAGGGCAUGCAUCUUCAUACGCGUCAGUAUCUCUGCAAUACAUGUAAGGCUGCAUUUAAGACACUUGGAGCUCUGAUAGGUCACACCAAGCGUGUUCAUGAGGGAUGGAAGUCUCCAAAUCAAAAGAUCUUUAUCUGCUCGGUGUGCGAGAAACGCUUCACGAAGAAGUACCAUGUGGACAGACACAUGCUGAUCCACACAGGAGAGAAGCCACACAAAUGUAUAGACUGUGGCCGAUGUUUCAACAACAAGUCCAAUCUGAUGUCCCACAUCCAGCUGGUGCAUAAAAAGUUAUCGCCAUACCAAUGUGACAUGUGCCAGGAGACUUUCAAACGCAAGAAACUCCUGUUGGAGCACAUAGGUAAAGUCCAUGUCACCGCUGGGGAGGCUGCCCAGGCAAUCAUUCGCAAGUUUGAGCUUGAAGAGGACUCUGAUGAUGAACUGGAUGAUGAUGAUUUGGAUGAGCAGGGGGACUGUGGCACAGGUUGAAAACGUACAUUUGGAGGAGGAUGGUCAGACCUAUGUGACGGUGUCUGGGGCUGACGGGGCCUACACCACAGCAGUGGUCAGUGACACAGCUCAGCUCCUGGCUGGACAGGGACUGACCACUCUGCAAACCGAAGGUGGACAGGAGAC